AAAAGUCGUCACUCUGCUCCUCUCGACGGGUUUUUCCAAAAUUUUGCUUAUUUUCUCUCUCUAUUACAAGCUUUAGCUUUCACAUUGUUUUCUCAUGGCUUCCGUUUGAAUUUUAAGUUGAGCUCUCACUGUGCAUGAAGAUCUCGCAGUUUCAAAAACAAUUGUAGGUUAGAUUAGAUCCAGCGGAGGAGAGAGCGAGGAUCUGAGAUUGAUUUGAAGUUGCAUUGAGGAAUUGCCUUGUCUUUUUCUUCGUUUUUUUAGUGCUUGUGGAUCUGAAACGAGAUGGCUCUGGCAGGCAUGAGAGGACUCUCCGUUUUCAUCAGCGACAUUCGUAAUUGCCAGAACAAAGAGGCGGAGAGACUCCGCGUCGAUAAAGAGCUCGGCAAUGUCCGCACACGCUUCAAAAACGAAAAGGGUUUGUCACCUUAUGAAAAGAAGAAGUAUGUUUGGAAAAUGCUUUACAUUUAUAUGCUGGGUUAUGAUGUAGAUUUUGGUCACAUGGAAGCUGUUUCUUUAAUAUCUGCACCAAAGUAUCCAGAAAAGCAGGUUGGGUACAUUGUGACAUCAUGUUUGCUCAAUGAGAAUCAUGAUUUUCUGAGAUUAGCAAUAAAUGCAGUACGGAAUGAUAUAAUUGGUCGCAAUGAAACUUUCCAGUGCUUAGCCUUGACUUUGGUUGGGAAUAUUGGUGGGAGAGAGUUUGCAGAAUCUUUAGCUCCUGAUGUUCAAAAACUACUUAUUUCUAGUAGCUGCAGACCGCUUGUGAGAAAAAAAGCUGCACUAUGUCUCGUGCGCUUGUAUAGGAAAAUUCCAGAUGCUGUCAAUAUAGACGGAUGGGCGGAUCGAAUGGCACAACUUUUGGAUGAACGAGAUCUUGGUGUUUUGACAUCUUCUAUGAGCCUUCUUGUUGCUUUGGUGUCUAAUCACUAUGAAGCCUAUUGGAGUUGUCUUCCAAAGUGUGUUAAAAUAUUGGAGCGGCUUGUUAGGAACCAGGAUAUACCUCAAGAAUACACUUAUUAUGGUAUCCCAUCUCCCUGGCUUCAGGUCAAGACAAUGAGAGCACUUCAGUAUUUUCCCACCAUUGAAGAUCCAAACACCAGAAGAUCAUUGUUCGAGGUGUUACAACGGAUAUUGAUGGGAACUGAUGUUGUAAAAAAUGUUAAUAAGAACAACGCAUCACAUGCCGUUCUCUUUGAAGCCCUUGCUCUUGUCAUGCAUCUUGAUGCUGAGAAGGAGAUGAUGUCUCAGUGUGUUGCUCUUCUUGGAAAAUUUAUUGCAGUGCGUGAACCAAACAUUCGAUAUCUUGGCCUGGAGAAUAUGACUCGGAUGUUAAUGGUAGCAGAUGUCCAAGAUAUCAUCAAAAGGCAUCAGGCUCAGAUCAUCACCUCAUUGAAGGACCCUGACAUCAGUAUCCGUAGACGUGCCCUUGAUCUGCUGUAUGGAAUUUGUGAUGUUUCAAAUGCAAAGGACAUUGUUGAAGAAUUGUUGCAGUAUCUCAGCUCUGCUGACUUUGCAAUGCGUGAAGAACUUUCCAUCAAAGCUGCUAUUCUUGCUGAAAAAUUUGCCCCUGAUCUUUCAUGGUACGUUGAUGUGAUCCUUCAGCUCAUUGACAAGGCAGGGGAUUUUGUUAGCGAUGACAUAUGGUUUCGUGUUGUGCAGUUUGUUACAAAUAAUGAAGACCUCCAGGUGAUCAAAAUUCUGUGUAUACAUCUUAUCAACAUGAUUGUUUACGGGAUAUUGAUGGAACCAUUACUAUAUGUAUUUGAUCAGCCUUAUGCAGCUGCAAAAGCCAGAGAGUAUCUUGACAAGCCUGCCAUACAUGAGACAAUGGUCAAGGUUAGCAGUUAUCUGCUUGGAGAGUACAGCCACCUUUUGGCCAGAAGACCUGGGUGUAGUCCUAAAGAAAUAUUUAGCAUUAUACAUGAAAAGCUUCCAACUGUUUCGACCUCUACCAUUCCAAUUCUUCUUUCAACGUAUGCCAAGAUCUUGAUGCACACUCAGCCUGCGGAUCCAGAACUACAGAAUCUGAUUUGGGCAAUAUUUAACAAAUAUGAGAGUUGCAUUGAUGUUGAGAUACAACAGCGAGCUGUUGAGUAUUUUUCACUGAGCAGAAAAGGGGCGGCUCUGACGGAUAUCUUGGCUGAGAUGCCCAAAUUCCCAGAGCGCCAGUCUGCAUUGAUCAAAAAGGCCGAAGAUGCUGAAGUUGACACUGCAGAUCAAAGUGCUAUCAAGUUGCGGACCCAGCAGCAGCAGAUGUCAAAUGCAUUGGUUGUAACUGAUCAAAGCUCCACCAAUGGGACCCCACCAGUUGGCCAGCUUAGCCUUGUAAAGGUGCCAAGCAUGAGCAGUAGUGUGGAUCAUCAUUCAGAAGACUCAGGAUUGACCCAGCCAAAUGGCACUUUGACCAUUGCAGAUCCUCUGCCCCCUUUGGCAGAUCCUCAACCUCCAUCAGCAGAUAUUCUUGGUGAUCUUUUAGGCCCACUGGCUAUUGAAGGCCCCCCUGGACCUGCUGUCCAAUCUGAGCCAAAUGUGGUUCCUGGAAUAGAAGGGGUUGCUGUGGAUGGAGCAGCCAUAGUACCUGUUGGAGAGCAGGCGAAUGCUAUUCAGCCAAUAGGAAAUAUUGCUGAUAGAUUCCAUGCAUUAUGCUUAAAGGAUAGUGGUGUUCUCUAUGAGGAUCCUUAUAUUCAGAUUGGUAUCAAAGCAGAGUGGAGAGGCCAUCAUGGGCGUCUAGUACUUUUCUUGGGAAACAAGAACACGUCUCCGCUUGUUUCAGUUCAAGCUAUAAUAUUGCCUCCCUCCCAUUUGAAGGUGGAACUUUCAUUAGUUCCUGAAACUAUUCCUCCUCGAGCACAGGUGCAAUGCCCCCUUGAAGUAAUGAAUCUCCGACCAAGCAGGGAUGUUGCUGUUCUUGACUUCUCCUACAAGUUUGGUACCAAUGGGGUAAAUGUCAAGCUUCGAGUUCCUGCAGUACUGAAUAAAUUUCUACAGCCCAUAACUAUAUCCGCUGAAGAAUUUUUCCCUCAGUGGAGAUCACUUUCAGGCCCACCUUUGAAGCUUCAAGAAGUGGUGAGAGGUGUUCGACCAAUGCCUCUCGUCGAAAUGGCUAAUUUGCUUAACAGUUAUCGGGUGUCUGUUUGUCCGGGACUUGACCCUAGUCCUAAUAAUCUGGUCGCAUGCACAACAUUUUGUUCGGAGAGUACAAGGGCCAUGCUUUGCUUGAUUAGAAUUGAAACAGAUCCAGCGGACAGAACUCAGUUGCGUAUGACAGUUGCCACGGGUGAUCCUGCACUAACAUUUGAGUUGAAGGAGUUCAUCAAGGAACAAUUAGUUAGCAUUCCUACGCCUACCCCCCAUACACCGGCCCUACCUGUUUCUCCAGUAACCCAACCAACUAGUGCAUCAGCGGCGUCUAAUGAUCCAGGGGCAAUGCUUGCUGGUUUACUGUGAUGAAGUAGCAUUGGUUGAUGUGUGAAAAUUUGUUCAAUACACUUGUAAACCUGAUUUAUACAUCUGACCUACUCGUCCAUCCUUCCGGUUAAGUGGUGGAUAAGGAAAAUCGAUCCUGAUGCGAGGGCUGUCGGAAGAUUGGCUUAGUGUUUUAAGUGGAAUAUGGAGAGGGGUUGGUCGGGAUUUUGAGAUUCUUUAUGCACAACUUCAGUUGUGCCUUGGUGAGCUUUUUAUGUCUCUCUUUUAUUUAUUUUUUUUUAUGGGGUGAGGGGUUUUUUUUUUUUUUUCCCUAUUCUUGAUUUACUUGUUUCUCUUCCCAGUUUUAUUGGUUUGGUUAGUGUAGUGCGAAUAGACAAACACUAUGUAAGAAAAUUGCAUGAAGUAGAACCAGUUGUGACAGUUUGUAUUUGUUUGUCAAUUUAUUAUAGAUGGAAAUAAUAGAGCAUUUAUGUGAUUUUAUCUA